AUGGCUUCCCUGAAGCAAUUUAUCCGCAAUGUUCGAGCUGCUAAAACCAUUGCGGAUGAGCGGGCUGUCAUCCAGAAAGAAAGUGCCGCUAUUCGAGCCUCGUUUCGCGAAGAGAGCCACGACUCGGGCGUCCGGAGGAACAAUGUGGCCAAAUUGCUCUACCUCUUUACACUGGGUGAGCGAACUCACUUCGGUCAGAUCGAAUGUCUAAAGCUACUUGCCUCGCACCGUUUCGCCGACAAGCGACUGGGGUACUUAGGGACAAUGCUAUUGCUCGACGAGAAUCAGGAGGUGUUAACGCUAGUAACCAAUUCAUUGCAAAAUGACUUGAGCCACUCCAACCAGUAUAUCGUCGGUCUCGCCCUAUGCGCACUCGGUAACAUCGCCUCCAUCGAAAUGUCCCGGGAUCUUUUCACCGAAGUCGAAAACCUCAUGUCUACAGCGAACCCCUAUAUUCGACGGAAAGCUGCCAUUUGUGCGAUGCGGAUUUGUCGCAAGGUCCCGGAUCUGCACGAACAUUUCCUGGAGAAGGCUAAGACGUUACUUGGAGAUCGGAACCAUGGCGUCUUGCUUUGCGGUCUGACUUUUGCAAUCGAUCUGUGUGAGGCUGAAGAGGAGGAGGAAGGCCCAGAGGGAGUUAUUGAAGUGUUCCGACCGCUCGCCGGAGGUCUAGUACGCGCUUUGAAGGGUCUUACAACGUCCGGAUAUGCUCCAGAGCACGAUGUAUCUGGCAUUACGGAUCCAUUCCUCCAAGUGAAGAUCCUCCGGUUCCUGCGGGUUUUGGGCCGAGGCGAUGCGGCUACCAGUGAAUUGAUCAACGAUAUCCUGGCCCAGGUGGCCACCAACACCGACUCAUCAAAGAAUGUGGGCAAUGCCAUCCUGUACGAGGCUGUGCUCACUAUUCUCGAUAUUGAAGCCGAUUCGGGGCUGAGGGUCCUGGGUGUGAACAUUCUCGGAAAAUUCUUGUCAAACAAGGACAACAACAUCCGCUACGUGGCAUUAAACACACUGAACAAGGUCGUUGCCAUUGAACCGAACGCGGUGCAACGGCACCGCAACACCAUUCUGGACUGUCUGCGAGAUCCUGAUAUCAGCAUUCGCCGGCGAGCGCUCGACCUCAGCUUCAUGUUGAUCAACGAAAGCAAUGUCCGGGUGCUCGUGCGGGAAUUGCUAGCUUUCUUGGAGGUCGCCGACAACGAGUUCAAGCCAGUGAUGACCACCCAGAUCGGUAUCGCUGCUGACCGUUUCGCCCCGAACAAGCGCUGGCACUUGGAUACCAUCCUGCGGGUUCUCAAGCUGGCUGGGAACUACGUCAAGGAGCAGAUUCUGUCCUCGUUUGUCCGACUGAUCGCCACCACCCCCGAGCUGCAGACCUAUGCGGUCCAGAAGCUCUACUCCUCUUUGAAGGAGGAUAUCUCGCAAGAGGGCCUUACACUGGCUGCUACUUGGACGAUUGGUGAAUAUGCCGACAGUCUACUGCAGGGCGGUCAAUACGAAGAAGAAGAACUGGUUAAGGAAGUCCGCGAGAGCGACAUUGUUGACCUGCUCACCAACAUCCUCAACAGCACCUACGCUAACCAGAUCGCCAUCGAGUAUAUCAUCACCGCGUCAAUUAAGCUCACCACGCGCUUGUCAGACCCCGCUCAGGUCGAGCGUCUGCGUCGUCUCCUGUCCAGUCGCACUGCCGACUUGAGUGUCGAGAUCCAGCAGCGUGCCGUUGAGUAUAGCAACCUAUUUGGAUACGAUCAGAUUCGCCGUGGUGUCCUCGAGCGCAUGCCUGCGCCCGAGAUUCGCGAAGAGCAGCGCGUACUGGGCGCACCUACCAAGAAGCGCCAGAGCAAGAUCCUCCGCGGCAAGUCUACAAAGGUUUCUAAGCCCGCUGAGCACGACCUGCUCCUCGAUUUGAUGGGUGGCUCAGAUGCACCCGUGACCAGCCCGACACCAAACGGGUCCAACACCGCCGAUCUGCUGGCAGAUAUUCUGAGCGGAGGAGACUCGAGCACGUCGUCACCGGCACCCGCGCCCAUUGGUCAGACCUCCAUGAAUAACGCUGUUAUCAUGGACCUGUUCGGCUCGAGUGGUGCCUCGCCUUCGCCUCAGCCGACCCAGCAGCCUGCCUCUGCCUCGCUGGACUUGCUGGGUGGAGGUGGUCUCGGUGCUUCUGCGCCCUCGCCCGUUUCCUCGCCUGCACCUGUGUCUGCCUCUACCCCUGCACACAGCGUCUACAACAAGAACGGUCUCGUGCUUACUUUGCAAGUGCAGCGAAGCGGUGCCAACGCUCAGAUUCUUGCCCGCUUCCGCAACGAAUCCAACUUCGACAGCUUCACCAACGUCGGUUUGCAGGCUGCUGUGCCCAAAAGCCAGCGGUUGCAGCUGAGUGCUAUCAGCAAGGCUGAUCUUGAAGCCGGUGACGAGGGGACUCAGACCCUGCGCGUGACUGCAGUGAAUGGGGCCCUCCCACCCAAGCUCCGCCUUCGCCUCCGAGUAUCAUCCACUUGGGACGGAAACCCAGCGACCGACCAAGUCGACUGGUCCGAACCAUAA